UUCAGGAUCCAGUCAUUUCCCUGAUUUAAAAAUAUAUAAUGUGAUGUCAACUUUUUUCUUGUUCUCAAAAGCCAGAAACUAGGAGGAGGAAGAUGUAGAUGAGUGGAAAACCUCAGGCAUCUUGUUGACAGCCUAUAAAGAUGUCCAUUUUGGGUUAAGAUAGAGACAGACUGUUCAAGACCAUUGAAAUCCAAGGCCUCAGGAGUGUUGCUGGAAGGAACAGAACACCGACUCAGAAGCUAGGGCUACGAAGCCUAUGAUCGGUGGUUGUUGAUUGAAUACCCCUAUGUUUUAUGGUGUUGUGCAUUGUGAUAUGUGUGGAACUCUUACCUGGGGCUUUUGUCUCCUGGUGGAACCUAGGCAGGUGGAGAGAUUGUGGUCAUAACUGUCGGGGAGCUGUUUGUAACGGCAGUCAUAGAGUCUAAUGGUUUUGCUUGACUCUUCUUGUAUGACUGAGCAGGGGACAGCAGAAAUAUUUUGACAAGGAGCAGGGAAAGGAGACGGGAGCCAGAAACACACAUUCUGGAGUGCUCGCUGAUGUCACACUUAGCUACAAACUUUGCCUGAUCGAGUACUUUGUUACAACGAAGGUUAUUUUCCUGUCAAUCAUUUUAUGCUCUUUUUUACUUCUAGUGCUGGUGAAAGGGGCCAGAUUGACAACCCCGGAGACAUCCCCACAAGUACAUCAGAGGCAACUAGAGAACCAACUCCCUUAAAAACGCACUACACUGGGUGCCUUCUCCCUUCCCUGGAGGGACACAGUUUAGCGGGUCCCCUUUCUCAGAUGUUCCUGGAAGAGAAGGCAGGGUGACCAGCAAGUAAGCUGUGUUGGGAUAGAUGAGCCCAGAGCCUCCUGGGGAAGCAAAUACCGCUGGCUGCUUCGUGCGGAGACCACAGCCACGUAACAUCGUUCCCCAGGUGAACAGACCCAGCUGUCUCGCAAGAUGCGCAUCACGUUCUGUCAGGGGGUCCUAGCGCUCGCCAUUGUCAUCAAUCUGCUGAUACUGUACUACGUCUCGAGGCUGCAGCAGCGGAUGUUGCAUAGACACAGAGACCACGUCCAGCCUAGCUCCCGGCUGCUGCCUGUCCCCCAGAGGCCCGGGGUGACCGUCAUCAUCAGGGAGUUUGAGGACUUUGAGAACUACGUCCCUGAUGUGGUGCAGGCCUUCCUGAAACAGAAGCCGGAGCAGCCAGUCAUGGUGACAGCAGAUACCUUGCCGUACCCUCCGCUUGUUUUACCAGAUGCUCCCAACGUCCAGCUCGUGAUCCUCAAGCCAGCCCCUGACCAGCCUGCCCAUGUGUCCAGGCCUGAUAUGUACGUGAAGACGGAGUAUGUGGCCCUGGUGCCUGAUGGGGUCAAGGUUGAUUCCACAAGGCAGCUGGAUCGUAUGUUAGAAGAGUUCAAAGCCAACCAGGGCAGAGUUCAAAUGGUGGCAGCGCCCGUGCAGUCCCUCGCUCCCCUCCAGUGCUUGAACCUAAAGGUCAGCCUUAGAAAGUGGACUGCUGAAUACAGCGUAGCGCCUUCCACCAGGCUCUGCACAGCUCUGAAGGGAGACGCCGUGAUUCUUCUACGCACAAAGGAUCUCUUCAACCUUUCCACUCCCUUGGCCAAGCCCCUGCUGACCUCCCUCUUCAUCCAGACAUCGCUGCGGGGCUGGACGGUCCGAAUCCUUGACGUCUCCUUCUCCUCAGCCCACCAGCCUCUGCUCAGCUCCUCGCACAACCAGUGGAAGGCAGAGAACCGCGCCAAAGCCAGCCAGCUGCAGCUCUUCCGAGACUUCGGCAUCAAGCGGGUUCUCCUGGAGGAUGGGAAGCAGCAGUGGUUUGGGUGCAGCAAAGAGACGCCACGUUGCUUCGGCACCGUCCAUGAUGAUACGCCGGAAUAUCUCUACCAGAACCGCUGGACCCCGCCUUGCUGUCUACAGGCCCUGAGGGAGACGGCAAAGUAUGUCAUCAACAUCUUGGAGACCUCCGGGGUGCGUUACUGGCUGGAAGGUGGGACGCUACUAGGAGCUGCCCGACAUCAGGACAUCAUCCCAUGGGAUUAUGACGUGGAUCUAGGGAUAUACUUGGAGGACAUUCCCAACUGCGACCUCCUCAGAAACGUAGAGUCUGGCUCCAUCGUGGACGAGAAGGGCUUUGUUUGGGAGAAGGCCAUCGAGGGCGACUUCUACCGUGUGCAGUACAGCGAGCACAACCACCUGCAUGUUGACCUCUGGCCCUUCUACCCCAAGAACGGGCUGAUGACCAAGGACACGUGGAUGGACCACCGGCAGGACGUGGAGUUCCCGGAGCACUUCCUCAAGCCCCUGUUACCCCUGCCGUUUGCUGGCUUCACGGCUCUGGCGCCCAACAACUUCCGGAGCUUUUUGGAGCUGAAGUUCGGCGCAGGUGUGAUCGAGAAUCCAGAGUAUCCAAACCCAGCCCGGAAGAAGCUGGAUAAGGGGAAAUAAGCAAGGACUCUGGGUUCUGUCUCUGCAUUGGGGCCCAAGAGAGCAUUAGACUCUGAGGCCCAGGGAGCAGGGAUCCCUCUCUCUUGAACAUAUCACUGAUACCAACAGAAAGUAUGAACCAUGCUGCUGCUAAGGGAGCUGUCUGCCCACUGCUGCUGCUACGGCCCACUAAAGCCAGGAGAGUUUACGCUCACCUUUGGGGCUGGGGGGAUUGUCCGAAGGGCUUGUGGCCGUUUGGAGGUCAGACACUUUGAACACCAAGACAGGACAAUUAACAAAGCAACCCAGGGGAGACCUCAUGGAGAUGCUGUCUCAGCGCGUCUCCCAAACUCCACAGGCUGUGGGCCUUGUGGGCCCCAGCAUCACAGGACGUGCUGCCCACCGAGUCUGACUGACAGUGCUCCCAGAGUCCCCGAUUGAUCCAGGCACGCUACUUAAGCCUGGAGGGAACACCAGGAAGUUGUUUGUGAAAGGCAAAUCCCCAGCCGGCUGCUAGGACAGACUUUGCUCCUACCUGGUUUCUAGCCUCGCCCCAGCCCUGCUGCAGCCCGUUCCCUAUCCUGGCAUUUGACUCCAGCUCUGAUCCUCGGCUCUGGUUGCUGGCGUCUGACCUUGGCUCCACCCAUUAGGCCUAGCUGCCCAUACGCUGGCUGAUCCCCGGCUCAGUUUUUGGAGGAAAAAGGAAAGGAGAAAGUGACAAUCGUUACAGCCAGGAGUUGGAAUAGUCUCAUUUAAAGAUUCAGUGGGAUGUUUCGGUUUAGUUUAAGCCUUCCUGUUAGAGCUCUGGGAACCCAAGCAGGGCAGCGCGGGAUUAGUGUGGGAGAACGAGGAACCAAAACGGCCUCUAAACAAGACGUGAAAAUAACCAGCCACAUUUCGUUGUCCCAAGCUGAACAAAGUGUAAAACUGUAACUAAACUGCCUCCACAGGGUAAAGGAAAUUGAGUUUAUUAACCCUUUGUUUUACUCAUGGAAGGCGUCGGGAGUAACACAAAUGCGAGAAUUUAAUAAGAAAAUCCCAGGCAUUUGCCCCUUGGUCGGGGGAACCAUCCAAAUGUGAGCCAGGAGACCUGAGUUCUAUUCUCUAACUCCCUGUGUGACGCGUAGGACAGCGUCCUUCCUCUCCCCUGUAGAAUGGAGCUCAUGAUACUUCCCUCCCUCUCCCGUGGGGAAGCGCGAGGUUUGCUGUGUGUGUGUAAAGCUGGGGAUCUUCAGCUGAAAGGCAAAGUCCUUAAUAUAAUUUGAAUACACUUAUGGAAAAUCUGGUCCAGCAGCCAGUGCUUAAAAAUCCUGAGAUUGGCGGAAGACUCGUGAGAUUUUAAAGAAUAGUAAACGUUGGGUUCCUUCACUCUGCUUUCUGGUUAUUAAGCCUUUAGGGGGCAAUUGGAUCAGGUUUUCAAGCUUUUCUGUGCAAGCAGGAGGGACAGACGCUUUUUUAUUUUUCAGUGAAACCUGAGAUUUUCACCCAGUCGCAGUUCCUGGAGCUGUGGCUUCAGUCCAGUAACUCCUCACUUAUCGUUGUAGUUCUGUUCCUGAAAAAUGCGACUUUAUGCGAAACGAUGUUAAGCGAAUCCAAUUUCCCCAUAAGAAUUCAUGUAAAUAGGAGGGGUUAGGUCCCAGGGACAUUUUUUUCACCAGACAAAAGACAUUCUAUACACCUACAGUAUCAAUUUUAAACAAACAGUUGAAUAUUGUACACAGCAAUGAAUGAUUGUGAAGCUUGGUUGAGGUGGUGGAGUCAGAGGGUGGGCUAUUUCCCAGGGAAUGCCUUACUGCUAAAGGAUGAACUAGCACUCGGCUGAGCCCUCAAGGGUUAAUACGCUGUUGUUAAUGUAGCCUCACGCUCUACAGGGCAGCCUGGACUGAGGCAGGAGGGAGGAAACACAAUAGAGGCAGGGCAGUAGCUGCAAAAACCGAACAUGAGCCUACGCUAUCCAGCUGGAGCGCACCACUCCCUCCUCCUGACAGCGCAUGCACGGCUACACAGGUGCUGGCUUUCCAAAGUGCCGGGGGUGCAUGCAUGAGUGAGAGCGAGAGACGUGCAUUGCCCCUUUAAGUAUGCUGACCCCACUACAAGCACGUUGCCCUUUUAAGCAGAUCGGCUGGGAAGCAACAGCUUCCAGCAAGCUGCCUCCUUUCUGUCCCCAAGCCCUGUCCCCCUCCUCUGUUUUGUGGAGAGGGGGUACGGAGCGGGAGGGAGGCAGGAGCAGGGGGACAUCCUGAUGUCAGCACCCCUCUUCCGCCCCCCCGCCCCCCCAGCAAGCAGGAAGCUCCCGGGAGCAGCUCAAGGCAGAGGGCAGGGCUGGAGCAGGGAAUACCUUACAGGGAAUUUAGGGGAGCUGAUGGGGGGGGGGGGGCUGCCAGCUUCCCCUGGUUCUAAUCCCCACAAGGGGGGGCUGCUCUUCCAGCAGGCAGCUGCCAAAUGAUGUUAUAAGGGAGCUUUGCGCAACUUUAAACAAGCCUGUUCCCUAAUUGAUCAGCAACAUAACAACAAAACCACGUUAACCGGGACGACUAUAAGUGAGGAGUUCCUGUAUCUAAAUGCUACAAGACACAAGAGUCGGCAACACUGAUUAGCGCAGACAAUGCAGUAGAAAUGCAGUCGAACCAUCUAGAUCCUCUACCUAUAACAAUCUCUUCUGCUAUCGAAAAGGAACCGCAGGAGUCUUUGCCCUAAAGGAUCACAGUUAGAAAUGUAGUGAGGGGAGCAGAUUCAUUUGACUCUGGCCCCGUUCCCCAUACCCACACUGCCUUGAAGUCAAUGGAAGUUCUGCCUCAGGAAGGACUGUAGACCUAGUCCCUUGGUUUGCAGAGUUCAGGACAAAGUCCACCAAGGGGGUUAUUUUAAAUAAUCAUUAACACUCAAAGUGAUUUGCCCAUCUGAUUUUCUUGGCAUCUCCUGCCAUCUGGUUCAGCCUUUGUUUUGAUCACAUAUGGGGCUGUGAACAAUAUCAGAGUUUAAGCCACCAUAUCUCGACCUCCUUGAAUCCAGAUCCUCAAAAUAUUUAAGCACCUAACUCAUUAAUUUCAGUAGAAGUUAGGAAUCUAAAUACUGUUCAAUGAUAAUAUCUUUCACUAAGUCUUGGAGCACUGGGGAAGUUCCAGAAGACUG